AUGUUGGACUGGCUACUCCCGGAUAAUACGGUAGCUGGUACCCUAAAAGGCCUCCGGCGGAUCCUGGCCAAUGGUUCCUUAGAGCUCUCCCCCUUUCCCGCGGAACAUUACAGGAGAGAUGUCCACGCCACAACAUACAGAUGCCGACUAAGACUCAACAGUGGAUUCGCCAUUCUCUCCAAGAACAUUCAUGUACAUGCUGCACUAAACAUACCAUGGGAGAUCCACGUGCCAGACGAAUACGUGAUGGCAGGGAACGCGGCCGUCCUGCGGUGUGUGGUGCCGCCCCACUGCGCUGACCGCGUCAGCAGCACUGACUGGUUCACUGAUGACCAGAACAAUGUACCACACCAUUUAGGGUCUAAGUACCAGCGUCUAGACGACGGCUCAUUGUACAUAAGUGGGGUGAGCCCACUAGACCGGCACAACGCAUUCAGGUGCCGCGUACGGGACCGGAUCACCGGGACCUUGUACACUAGCCCUUAUUUUGGUCACGUGAUAGUGACAGAACCAAAAGGUGGCGUGAGACCGCGGCUGGCGAUAGAGCCGCGCACGCGCCGCAUUCAAGCCGGGCAUGAUGUCCGGCUGCCGUGUGCUGCGCACGCGUGGCCUGUGCCUAGCUACAGGUGGUUUCGCGAACACCACGAAGAGCUAGUUCCCAUAGAGAAGACAGCUCUAUGGUCGCGAGCGCGGCUCCUUGGCAGUGGUUUGCUGAGCCUUCAGGCGCUGCGGCGUGAGGAUGCUGGCCGCUUCGUGUGCUGGCUCAACAACACAGUGGGGGGAGAGUCCGUGCACUUCACACUUAUAAUCACAGAACCCAUCUCCGUCCGAAUAAAACCCGAAGUGGUGCGAACGAAAACGAAUGCUGACGUCACAUUUGAAUGUAAAGUGUCAGGGCAUCCAAUAGAACUUGUCUACUGGGUCCACGACGCAAAAGUUGUCAAACCCAACGAGAGAAUAAAAAUGUCUGAAGACGGCCUAAGAUUACAUAUCAAGAAUUCUCAGAAGGACGACCAAGGAGUGUAUCAAUGCUUUGUCAGUAACACAAAGGAUCAGGCUUAUGGAGUUUCAGAGUACUUAAUAGAUGUGGCGGAGAGUCGGUCGCGGUUGCCUGGCAACCGGUCGAGGCGUACACCAUACGCUCGGAGUACACAUACGCAUGAUGCUGAUUGGAAUUUCACCGGCACUAGAGAAUCGAAGCCGGAGCUCGUUUAUUGGUUCUCGGAGCAAACUCUGCAGCCAGGGCCGAGUGUGUCCUUGAAAUGUGUGGCGAUGGGCCACCCUCCGCCGCAGUUCACGUGGCUACUCGAUGGCUUCCCUAUUCCUACUAACUCCAGAUUCGUAGUUGGACAGCACGUGACACUACAGGACGACGUGGUCAGCCAUUUAAACAUCAGUCGCGUGACAGAACAAGAUGGCGGCGAGUACGCUUGCGUCGCAGCCAACAGUGCCGGAAAGGCGCUCCACGCUGCCCGUGUCAACGUGUACGGUCUGCCGUACAUACGAGAGAUGCCCAAAGUGACAGCCGUGGCGGGCAGCGAUCUGAAUAUAAAGUGCCCAGUCGCCGGGUACCCGAUCGAGUCAAUCACGUGGGAAAGAGAUGGCCAAAAUCUUCCUUUAAACAGAAGACAGAAGGUGUUUCCCAAUGGCACUCUGAUCGUGGAGCAGACACAGAGAGGAGAGGACGCCGGUACCUACACCUGCCAGGCCGCCAACAGACAACGACACGCUGCUAGGCGUGAUGUCGAAGUACAAAUAUUAGUACAGCCAAAAAUUCUACCUAUUCCGGCGUUGACAAAUUUACUACGGGAAGGUAUGAGAGCGGCCAUAUCCUGCCAGAUCUUGGAAGGUGAUCUACCCGUCGCAUUCCGAUGGGAGAAAAAUGGCCAACCGGUGACGUCAUCACCAUACGCACCUAGUGGUAUCAUUACACGAAGAAUGGACGAAUACAGCGCGUCAUUAGUGAUAGAGCAAGUGACGUCACUGCACAGCGGAAAUUACACGUGCAUUGCUUCCAAUGUUGCUGGAUCAGAACGAUACACUAUACCUCUAACAGUCAAUGUCCCCCCUCGAUGGCGGUUGGAACCUAACGAUGUGGCAGUAGCUGCAGGUCAAGACGUAACAUUACAGUGCCAAGCUGAUGGCUACCCAAAGCCAACCAUUACGUGGAAAAAAGCCGUAGGUAACACUCCUGGUGAAUACAAAGACUUCAUGUUUGAAGGGAGCUCAAGGGUCCUGGAGAAUGGCUCGCUAGUGUUCGAGCGAGUCGCCAAAGACAGCGAGGGACAUUAUCUUUGUGAAGCUAGAAACGACAUAGGCGCCGGAUUGAGCAAACUCAUCUUCCUAAAAGUCAACGCCCCAGCAAGGUUUCCAAUGAAGAGUAAGACGGUACAGGUGACGGCUGGAGAAGCUGCUCACUUGCAAUGCGCUGCUUCAGGAGACUCGCCUCUGGAGGUCAGCUGGCGAAGCCCCCACCAUCACACCAUUGCACAUCAUUUGGAUCAAAGAUACACUAUAAGAGAACAAGUGCUGGACGACGGUUUGGUUUCCGAGCUGAGCAUCUUGCAGACGUAUCGACAGGAUACGGGAGCAUUGACCUGUCGAGCAUCCAAUGCCUAUGGACAAGACGAAAUGCUUAUACACCUUGUUGUACAGGAGGUUCCCGAAAUGCCAAAAAACAUAAGGAUCAUUGAUCAACAGUCUCGUUCCAUACAAAUAUCGUGGACUCAACCGUACGCUGGGAAUAGUCCCAUCAUCAACUACAUUGUGCAGUAUAAGGAAGCACCAGAUUCCUGGCCAACGACUCCGCAAAAAGUGAUAGUACCAGGUAGUGUAACCUCAGCAAGCGUGCAAAACCUUCAACCAGCGACGUCGUAUCAUCUGAGGAUAAUCGCAGAAAACAGACUGGGACAGAGCGAGCCGAGUCAGCUAAUACAAGUCACCACAACUGAAGAGGUUCCCAGCGGGCCACCUCUAGACGUCCGAGUAGAAGCGAAAAGUUCCACAGAGCUAAUUGUCAGUUGGGAACCACCACAAAGAGACCUUUGGAAUGGAAACAUUCUUGGUUACUACGUUGGAUUUCAAGAACUAAAUAGUAACAGCACCGUUCUGAGUGCAAGUGGUCCCGGUGGAGCUUCGUACACGGUUCGUACGGUGGAAGGGGCUGGAACUGCUCGCGCAAGGACUACAUUGUCAGGCCUGCAGAAACAUGCUGCGUAUGCUGUCGUCGUUCAAGCUUAUAAUAGCAGAGGAGCAGGCCCUGCGUCACCUCCAACGACUGCUACUACUAUGGAGGAUGUUCCAAGUCUUCCACCAGGGGCGCUGCAAUGUACAGCGUUGAGUUCUCAAUCAGUCCGAGUUGCUUGGGAGCCUCCCCCUCUAAGAGGGCGAAAUGGAGUGUUACAGGGAUACAGGGUAACUUAUGCACCGGUCACAGAUUGGUAUGGGAAUGAAGAAGCGGUGACGAAGCAAAUUUCGGGACUACAUACGACGCUGUCUGGACUUAGAAGAUACACGAACUAUUCAGUCACGGUGUGCGCCUUUACGGCAGCCGGUGAUGGAGUAAGAGCUGCGCCAGUAUACUGCCAUACGGAGGAAGAUGUACCCUCGGCGCCUGCUGACAUUAAAGCAGUCGUUUCAUCACGUAACAAGAUCUUAGUAUCAUGGCUGCCACCAGCUGCACCGAACGGUGUCCUCGUUGGUUACACCCUCUACAUGAGCGUCAUAGAAGAUGGAAGAGAGGAGGGAACUCACAAACGCAUGCUGUCUCCAAGUACAUUGUCCCAUGAGACAUCAAGAUCACCGCCGCGAGCUACUCAUCAGUUCUGGGUAUCAGCUUCAACGAGGCUUGGGGAAGGAGAAGCUACUCGAGUUGUCACAGUGCUACCUUCUGAAUCAGUGCCAGCUCGGAUCACAUCUUUUAGCCGGAGUAUCGUUACUCCUUGGAAAGAGAACAUAUCGCUGCCAUGCAAUAAAGUCGGAGUACCAGUUCCUUCCACUACGUGGAGUAUGAAUGGAGCUACAUUGGAGUCGACGCUUAGAAAAAAUGUCACCAGCGACGGUUCUUUGGUCAUCAGCAUGACGCAGUACUUGGACAGUGGAAACUACACGUGCUCGGUUGAGAACGUCCACGGUCGAGACGAGGUCACGUACAGCGUUGAAGUGAAGGUGCCUCCUCAGCCCCCCGUGCUGGCUGUUGUGGAUUCCUAUGCGGACUCUCUACAUCUUCAGUGGAGCGACCAGGGUGAUGGCGGCAGCCCUAUACUAGGUUACGUCAUAAACUACAAAAGAGAACAUGGUGAUUGGGAGGAGUUGCAAGUGGAAGCGGGGACGUCAGAACACGUGUUGCCAAACUUAUGGUGCGGAACGAGAUACCAAUUGUACAUCACUGCCUUUAACCGCAUAGGCACUGGUCUACCGUGCGAUAUUGUGCACGCGUAUACCAAGGGCACUGUUCCAGUAAAGCCGAAGCACUCACAAAUGAUAACUCUAAACACUACCACGGUGACGGUCUGGCUCGAUUCCUGGGGAGACGGUGGCUGUGGUAUCCUCUAUUUCGUCAUUGAAUACCGAGAAAUCAGUCAAUCGCAGUGGCGUCUAGUCUCAAAUAGUGUUCAAGCGACAGAGCGAGUGUUCAGCGUGCCUGGUCUGACACCAGCGACUCACUACCAGCUCCGUAUCACCGCCCACAACAACGCGGGCCACGCUGUCGCCCUCUACAACUUCACCACACAUUCACUUAGCGGUAUGGUGGAGGGCGAGGUGUCUGGCGCGGCGGCGGGCGGGGGGCGCGGGCUGGGCGGCGCGCGCGUGCUUCUGCCCGCCGCGCUGUCGCUGCUCGUGCUGGGCGCGCUGCUCGCCAUCGUGCUGCUCGUGCGCAGGAACAAAGCUGGUACAACGGAGACGGUGGCCACAGAGAGUGGGGUGGGCGAAUCUCCAUCGGUAGCGCAGCUGCAGAAUAAAGUGAACCGCGACCAGCAGUACCUGGCCGCGAGGGCACAGCAUCCACCUCCCCAACAUCAUUACAAACACGCUUCUAAUGAGUACAUAGAAGACAUAUGUCCGUACGCGACGUUCCAGCUGACCAAGCCGACGGCUUACAGCGAGAGCAGCUACAGCGGCAAUGUCUACAGUGGGCCCUACCACUCCGUGAGAGGAUCCUUCGUGUACCACGAUCUAAAGCAAAAUGACAAAUAUAAGGGCAAGGAGCCAGAGUACACAAAAGUACGAAGAAAAGGCAACAGGCUGCGAGACCCGCACUCCGAGAGUCAAGAGUCGGACAACUUGGGCUCGACGGACUCGGAGGUGAAGAAGAUAUUAACGCUGCACCUGCCCAUUACAGAGUAUGAAGACGAUGCAAGUGACGACGCGAGCGCGCCGCACUCCGACAGUGAGCCGCAGGCCAGGCUCAGACCUGCGCACCCCACCUCAUAUCCAAGCGUAGAGCGCGAAGAAUCGUCGUCAUCAUCAGAGAAUUCAGUGGGAGGAGUAGUAAGGAAAGCGUUUCCUUCUCGUAAGGGCAAAGCGGGGGCGUUAGGCAAGCGACAUGUGCGCUCGUCUUCAGGCUACAGCAGCCAUAAUGACGAGACCACCUUCAGUAUAUCAAACUACCCAUCUUUCAACGAGCAUAUCCACCCUCCGUCUCGUUUUUCGGACGACACCGAGUGCGAGGGACAUCACCGUCGUAAGAGGGCGCCACAUCCACAUCCCUCACACCCUCAGCACACCCCACACGACCCAAAAGUCACUCGGGAAGCCUUCCAAAUCAAUGUGUGA